CAUUAGGGAGGAGGUGUUGCGAGGAAGUGGUUUCCGGCUUUCAAGAGAGGAGACCUGCUUGCGCCCGCCAUCUUCCCUUUGGUGCCAUCGGUGACGUCGCUGGAAUCUGAAUCUUGAACUUUCUGAGAAAAGCAUCUGUAAUUGAAAGAUCCUGCCAGAAUCAUUCAAUGGAAAAAUUGUCAGUUGACCACUACCAAGAAACCUGACUUAGCAACUACUGUUUCCACUCACCAAUGUCUCUGAAAGGAAUUUGAUCAACAGCUGUGAUCAGUAGCACACCUGCCACCUACAGGAUGUACCCCUUGGCCAGAAUUGUACUCAGUAGCCUCAAGACUCAGAUUAGAAGCAUGCAGCAAAUGAAGGCAAGGGAUAUUCAAGGAAAAUAUGCACCAGAUUUUCAUGACAAAUAUGGUAACAUUAUACUACUCAGUGGAACCACUUUUUGUGUGGCUACAUGGUUUUAUACCAUCACACAGAUUGGAGUACAGUGGAACCUCUCCCCUGUUGGCAGAGUUACCCCACGAGAGUGGAAUGAGGAGUAGCCAUUGUAGUUGUUAUGAAACAAGUUUAUAUCAAAACCAAUUUUAAGCCGUCUGAUUUUAUUGAAACGACAGCACAUUUGAAGAAAUAAAAUCUAGUUGAAACCUU